AUGACAGAAAUAUCACCAUUAAGGGAUGAAUAUGAAUUAUUAAAUUCAUUUACAGUUGAAAAAACUAUAUUAAUAGAGAAAUAUCAACAUAAGAAGACUAAAUUCACAAUUUAUAAUGUUAAAGUUGGUGGACCAUUAGUAAAUUGCUUAGUUAUAGUACCAACAGAAACAUUAUCAAAUGAUGGUUGUCCACAUACUCUUGAACAUUUAGUAUUCUUGGGAUCAGAGAAUUAUCCAUUCAAAGGUUAUUUAGAUUCUGUCGCAAAUCUUUGUUUUGCCACUGGUACUAAUGCUUUCACUGAUACUGAUCAUACCGGUUAUGAGUUAGAAACUGCAGGAUCAGAUGGUUUCUUACAAGCAUUACCAAUUUAUUUGGAUCAUAUAUUUUAUCCAACAAUCACUGAACAAGCAUUUACAACUGAAAUUCAUCAUAUCAAUGAUAAAGGUGAAAAUGCUGGUGUAGUUUAUUGUGAAAUGCAAGAACGUGAAACAAAAAGAAAUUCAAUAGUUUAUUUAAAUAUUUUAAGAAAUAUUUAUUCAACACCAAAUGGAUAUGCAUCAGAAACAGGUGGAUUAUUAGAGGAUAUUCGUGAAUUAAAGGUAGAGACAAUUCGUGAUUUUCAUAAAUCAUAUUAUAGACCAGAUAAUGCAGCAUUGAUGGUAGUUGGUGAUAUUAAUAUUGAUGAUAUCUUUAAUACAUUGGAUUCAACAAUGAAGAAAAUCAUAUCAAAAGGAGAAUUACCACCAAUGGAAAGACCAUGGUCAACAAUUCCAACAGCUUUCUCUGAAUCAACAACAAAGAAAUUCCUAUUCCCAUCAGAAGAUGAAACUACUGCUGAAUGUACAUUAACUUUUGAAGGUCCAAAAUUUAAUGAAUACGAUCUAAAUGAUUCAAUCUUAAUUUUAAUUGAAUAUUUAACAUCAGGAGUAUCAUCACCAAUUGGAUCAGCAAUGAUUGAUUGUGAAGAUUCAUAUGGUCCACAAAUUUUCUCUCAUAAUUUCCAAUUUGAACGUAAUUUCCAUACAUUAUGGUUCGGUUCUUGUGAUUCAAAGAGAAUUGAUGAAAUUAAACCAAAAUUCUUAUCAAUCAUAAAGAAUUUAGUUGAAACUAAAACAAUUGAUAUUGAAAGAAUUAGAGAUUCAAUUCGUCAAUCAAAAUUAAAUACAAAAUUAACAGUUGAAUCAGAUCCAAAAGAUGUUUUUUCAGAAAUUAUUGCAGGUGAUUUUUUAUAUGGUAAUAAUGAUUUUGAAAAACAUGUCGAUUUUGAAAAUGUUUUUGAAAAAUUAUUAAAAGUUGAUAAAGAUUAUUGGAUUGAUUUAAUGGAUAAAGUAUUUUUAAAACAAGCUUGUUUAGAGGUUCAAGGUGUUCCAUCGAUUCAAGAGUCAAAACGUAUUUCAAAGGAAGAAACUGAUAGACUUGAGAAACAAGUGAAAGAAUUGGGUCAAGAGAAAUUAAAAGAGUUGGGUAAAAUUUUAGAAGAUGCUAAAGCUUAUAAUGAUCGUCCAAUCGAUGAAAAGUAUUUCGAAUCUAUUAAAAUACCAUCACCAAAUUCAAUUUCAUGUUAUAGUGUAUAUUCAGUAUUGAAUGAUAAACCAUUACAUUCCAAUAGCAAUAGCAAUAGCAAUGAAAAGAAAUUAAUUGGUGAAGAGAAAUUAGCAAAAUAUUUAAUUGAAUCAAAUCCAAAUAAAAUACCAUUCAAAAUUGUAUUUAAUCAAGUUGAUUCUUUAUUUAUUAAUAUUAGAGUUGGUUUCAAUACAAAUGAAUUACAAGAUCAACUUAGGGAUUAUUUACCAUUGUUUUUAGAUUUACUAUUAAUGUCUUCAAUAAAGAAGGAGGAUGGUACAAUUAUUAAUCAUGAUCAAGUUGAUUCUUUGGUAUUAAAGUAUGCAAUUAAAUUAACCACUAGUAUUGGUUACUCUUCAAAUUAUGAAGGUGGUGAUUUCGCUCAAUAUUGUUUCUUGGCUUGUGAUUUGAAACAGGAUUAUUACAAUCAAUUGAUUGAAUUGUUAAAAGAUAUCUUGGUAAAUAUCAUCAUUGAACCAGAAAGAAUUAAAAUUGUAGCAAAGAAAUUAUUAGAUGCAAUUCCAGAAAGAAAAGAAAGUUCUGAUAAAAUGGUUAAAAGUGUUAUUCAACAUAAUCAAUUCAAUCAUGAUAAAUCAAAUUCUUCACAUUUAAAUUAUUUAAAACAAUAUAAAUUCUUAAAAAAUAUUAUUAAUAUUUUAGGUGGUGAUGAUGAAGAUGAUGAACAUGAAGAUGAUGAAGAACAAGAAGGAAAUGGUUGUGGACAUGGUUGUAAACAUAAUCAUAAUAACGAAGAAAAAGAGGAUGAUCAUGAAGAUGAUGAUGAUGAUGAAAAAGAUAAUGAUGAAAAAGAAGAAGAAGAAAAAGAAUUAAAACCAAUUAAAAUUACAGAUGAUGUUUUAAUUUUAAUUGAUCAAUUAAAAAAGAUUCAAAAUUAUUUUACAACAAAAACAGAGAAUGUUUUUGUUGGAGUUGGUGGUAAUAUUAUGCAAUUAAAAUCACCAAAAGAUCCAUGGUUAAAUGAAUUUUCUUUUAUUAAUGGUGGUGGUGGUAAAAAUGUGAUUGAUAAUUCAAAUCAAGAAAUAAAAUCAAAUCCAUCAUCAUUCCAAUAUCAAUUAAUUAAUAAAGAGAAUAUGAUUAGUUUAAGAGGUAAACAAUUAGCAAUCACAACAGCUGGUAGUAGUUCAUCAACUGUUCAAAGGGUAAUUUUAAAUAAUAUCACCUAUGAUGAUGUAAUCUCAAAAGAGUAUGUAGCAUUAUAUGUAUCAAUGAAUUAUUUGGAACAAUUGGAAGGUCCAUUUUGGAAAUUACUUCGUGGUGCUGGUUAUUGUUAUGGUUAUCGUAUCUCUGCAAAUCCAGAGAGUGGUUUAAUGACUUUUAAAAUCUCAAGAUCUACAAACCCUGAAAUGGCAUUACAAGUUGGUAAACAAAUCAUUCAAGACUCUUUAGAGAAACCAUUCAAUAAGAAAUGGUUCGAGGGUGCAAGAAGUAGUUCAAUCUUUGAAAUUGCAAAUAAGGAAAAGAACUAUGAUUCAGUUUUGGAAAAUUGUUACUUUGAUUUAAUUAGAGGUUGGGUUGAUAAAUCAUAUAGAGAUUUCUAUAAACUUAUCUUUGAGGUCACCGAAGAAGAUUGUAAACUUGCAAUUAAAAAAUUCAUUUCACCACUCUUUGAUGAUUCUACCUCUUUAAUAGUUAUCUCUUCUGAAUCUGCCAGACUUGAAUCUUUCAAAAAAACUUAUCCAGAUUUACAAAUUGUUGAUCCAGAAACUUAUUUUGUUUAA